AGUCAAACUGUGAAUUGCACAAAGCACAGACGUACACAAAUUUUUGGGUGGUGUAAAAACCGUGAAGUUUGUGAAUUUUCACUGCAUUUUAAAGACAUUUUAUUAUAUUUGUGUAUAUUGUUAAGUGGAAUUAUGAUAAUCACGACAACCUUUGAUGCUUAAUGCAGCGUUUACAAGACUGAUUUGUGAUUAAUUUUUCAUUCGAUAAUGAAGAGAAACUCUCAGCCGAGCUACCGAAAAAUUGUUUUCGCUGUGGAAUAAUGGCGGCGGAGGAUUUGAACGCUUAUAAGAUUGCUAGUCACAGCAAAUCGACGACAAAAAGUCGCUUUUGGAACAGAUCAUUUCAUAUUUUGUCAUGUGAUCAAAGAAUGAAAUCGAGCGUUAGAAGAGCGCACUCGUGUUGUGUGAGGACGUCAAUAGCUCUCAAUAACUCAAAUAAUAGUGGAAUUUAUAGCAGUAGACUAGACCGGAAGUUAAAAGGCGUCCUUGAAGACUUCAGAUGGAAUCAAUUUAACUGGCAGCAAAGCUUCCUAGUCAUACUAAUUGUAGUGUUGCUGAACUUUACAUCGAUAGAAUGUCUACAGUCGAGACAAGAAGCAUCUUCAAAUUGUGUGUUUCCACAACAAUGGGAAGGCUCAUGGUUUCAAUCAGGUGUGCCCCAAACAAUAGAUAUACAAGGAUCGACAAUGAGUAAUCGUGGAUCUUGUAUAGCAAGUGAUGGUGAUAAAUUUCUCAUGCGAGAGAAACGUUGUCAUCGGUGUGUUGUCAUCUAUGAAAAACAUAAAAAUGUGUUACAAUAUAAAGAAAGUGAGUGUGAAGAAAAGGACCAUUUUAAUCCGUCAGCCUUGACAAGCCGUAGCAUAAUUAAAAGUGAUCAAAGUAGGGGGAAUGCAAAAGCAUCCCAUCCCAACAUAAAUUUCAGAUCCGACGACAAUGAUGAUUGUAUGGGUUGUCGUGGACGUGAAACAUUGCAGAACUUAUGUGAUCAAAUACCUGGAGAUGCUCUCUUGUAUAGUAUGUUCAAAGUAGAUGCUGAGCCCAUAAAAUGCCCUAUUAGAGGACCUUUUACUUUCACAUACAAUCGUGGCCAUGGCGAAUGUAAAAAUCCGGUUUCAAACAUCGAUAGCUGUACAGAAGACAGCAGAAUGUUGCUUAGUUUUCAAGCAUGUCCUGAUGUGCAGGGCACUGAAAGUACAGUUGAGGAAUUGACGUGUUUAGCGGCAUGGAAAGACGGUAAUGCACGCUACUUAGUCGGACUUGUAUCUCACAAUCAUGCCACAUCAAACGAAGAACGAUUCCGAUGUUUCGUGUAUGAGAAAAUCAACACUAACAAUGGCAAAUACGGAGGUUCACCGAAAGAUGCUGAAUAUAAGCUAGCACAAUCUGGCGAUGCAACGUGCAAUGGACUAGAAAGUGCUGAAGUUGGGUCACGUAUAAUGACACUAAAGAAAGCACCUCCUGUUGUGCGCUGUGAUUUUCCAUCAUGGUUCAAGAACCAAAGACAUUGGCAUACAUUGUCGGGAAGUCUGGCUUAUACCUUCCACCAAAAUGAUGGAUCGAUGCAUAUUGUAAAGCAAAAUGGAUAUUUGGAAACUCGAGUGUUGUGCGAACAAAUCAAUAAACAAACUGCUGUUGAAAUGAUGGCUGUUGUUCAUCAUGCUAUGGGAUGCAAAUCAGGUUUCGUUUGUGUCAUGUUUUAUCGUCGCAAUGCACAUGUGGCUGAAUUACAAAUGGGAACGCCAGCAAAUCGAUUGGAAGACGCUUGUGCAGCUGAUCAUUUUGAUCAACUUCGAUUACCAUUCAUUACUUUAUUAGCGUCAAAUCCCGAAUCAGAAAUUUGUCCACUUGAUGGCUCUUACUCGUUACGAGGAACGAUAAGUCCGCCAUACAUUUCUUCUUCACGUCAUAAGCGCAACCAUAAUUCAAAGCUCCACAACAAUCAUCAUCAUCUUCAUGAUUUAUCAUCGUCAGACGGUAGAAUAACGAAUAAUAACUUCAAGGCACACACGUCAUUGAGCUUUAGAAAUGAAGAAGAUUCACUUAAAAGCUGGCACUUCAAUGAUCGUAAUAAAUCAUUAAGACAACGACGUUCUUUACAACACUUGCGAAAUGGAAAAGAUGAGCAGUCGAGUGAAACUGACAGACGCGGUGAACUCAUUGCGAAUCCUUCUAGUGGUGCAUACAACGAUAUUGCGGACGAUGGUAGUGAUGUUUUAAACAUACACGAUGAUGAUAAUGAUAAAGUUAUUAAAUUGGUUCGAAAUAAGCGCAAUACUAACAACUUCAUCAACAAUAGUAAUAAUAAUAAUAAUAUUAAUAAUAAUAAUAAUCCUAGCUUAGAAAUAGUAACAGAUUUAGUGAGUUUAGUAACAAUAAAGUCAAACAUCAAUGACCCGUCACGGAGUCGACGUGACGCAACAAUAAAUUGUGGUGUGAAUGUAAAUACAAAGUCAAGACAAUUAAAUAUCGGAUGCUUCGAUGAAAAUAAAAUUGAUGUCUCACCACAAUGCAAUGAUGAUAUUGAAGAAGAAUAUACCUGUCAUGGUAGUUGGCGCGAGAAUCAGACGACCUUCAUUAUUGCAAGACAAACUGGCACUAAACAUGGAGUCUGCAUUAGCUUUAAGCAAUCAACGACUGAUACAGCUCAAUUAUACAUUGGUGAAUCGUGCUAUCGUGACCAUCAAGGGCUUAACAUUUCUCUCGAACGUCAAUAUACGUUGGCAAAUCUUACAAAUGUUGGACGCAAAUGUGGAGAUCACAGCUCUUCCAUUAAAACAACCGCAAACUGGCUCUUGAUUUGUUUACUACUGCCAUGGUGGUUGAUGAUAGUACAUUCAACUAGAUGAUUUGUUUCGUCAGUACAAUGUCAUGACAUAAGAGCAUGAAUAUGUUAAUUUCUUUUUAUACUUAAUGCAAACACUUCUACUGUACAUAAAUACAUAACAACAUAAGUAAAUGCAAAUGUCAUUGAAGUUGAGUGAAUAAAUAAUUUGUUUAAACUGUUUUUAUUUUAUAUGGCAAACAGAUAAAAAAGAAAACUUAAAAACUGAGUCAAAAUAAAUAAAAAAUAAUUAAUGAAACUUAAGUGAAGUGAAACAAGUGAUAUAUUGAUGAAAAAAAUGAUGAAAUUAUAUACCGUAGCAUGAUUAUGUAGUGGAAAAACUUUGUAGGUAUAAAAAUUGAACUCAUGGUGAGAUUUAUUCUCGAGAGUUUUAAAGAUAAGAAAAAAAUUGUCUUAAGCAACAUGUUCAUUGUGAGUUUAUUAAUGUGACGCUUCAAAAAAUCAUCUUUCAAAUUGUGAACAAUGAAAGACAUGCAUAAAGUACUUCAAGAUAAGAAAAAGAAGGAAAUUCUUCAAACUUGUUGAAUCUAUCGCAUGAACAUAAGUGAACAUGCACACUUUUUCAAAGGAUAUAAAAAAAAUUUCAUUCUCUUUCUUCUAUAGACAAACAUUCACGUCAAUCGCGCAAUGUCAUGUCAAACAUAAAUGUAAUGGAAAAAAAACAUAAGAUGCAAGCGAUAUUGAUUUAAGUUCUCGAUUUUUUUAUGUCCUUUCACUUAAGUUUUGUAGACAUGCUUGAUUGCAUCGAUAUACGAUGAAAACGAUAAAAUUGGUGAUACUAGAAUAUUGCAAGCAACUUAUAUUGUGAGAUUAUAAUCUGUAACAUCGUUACAGUAAAAACGGUUGUACUAAUAACUUACUUGUUUAAAACAAACUAGAUUUCGGGCAGAUUUGUGAUCCUUCUGAUCUUUACAGCAAUAAAAAAAGAAAAACGAAGAAGAAAUGGAAAUAGAGAAAAUUUUUAAAAAAGGAAAAACUUUAUAAAGAAAGGAAAAAACAUAAACAUUUUAAGACUAAGAAAUCUUUUCGCAUCUUUCUCUGCUUGAAAUAUUUCAAUGUUUGUUUCAUUCUUUAACUGCUUGUAGAUAAAAGAAAAGAAAAAAAAAUGAGAAAAACAUGAAAAACUCUACAAAGUGGUUUCAAUUUAAAGAGUAUAAAAUGUGGAAGUAUUCAGGCGAUCCUUUCUUUUGUUUUCUGUAAAAUGAUUAGCUUGGAUUCAUCUUUUCAACUCCUACUACUGAUCCGUAAUACAAAAGAAAGUUUCUGUGAAUCAAACUGUGAAGAUUUUUUAUGUGCAGAAGACUCAUUGGACAUAUUAUCAUUAAUUGUUAUACAUUUUUAGAUAAAGAACAAAGUUUGUUAAUAAUAUUUUUACAAAAACAAAUUAAAGCAAGGAUUUAUCCUCGAUUUUAAUUGUAAUUUGGGAAUGUAAGUUUGUAAGUGAUGUGGUUCGAUAAUAAGAAACUAAUUAACUUCACUACAAAUUCAAUUAUUUUUAUUAUGUUGCGAAAUUCAAAAUAUUUUCAAUCAAAAUGAACAAAAAAAGCUUUUUUGACGUUUCUUUAGGGUAGUCACGUCAUGGGGAGAACCCUAGGUUUCUUUAAAGCCAAAAUCAUUUCAAGAGAUGGCAAAAAGAAUAAAUCUUACUCAACAAUAAAAGAGUGAAAAUUCCAUUUCCACACCUUCACAAUUUCAAUUACCAUUUCACAAUAUUCUUCUUCUCUUUCAUUAACAACACAAAUUUCAAUGAGAAUUUUUCUAGCUUAAAAGAAGAGACAGUUCUACACAAUAAAAUGAAUAUAUUACCUCAUAUAUUUCUUAAAAAAUUUUAUUCACUAACAAUACUUACAACCAUGAUACACGAAAUAAAAAUGAGAAACGAAAAAAAAAAUGAAAAUUCCUAGAAAAACUGAAUAAGAACGAUAAGCAAGAGUAUGUAGUAGGAAAAAAAUAAACGAAAAGAAACCCCAUAUUUUUUUAAUGAGGAAUAAAGUUAAAUCCCACAAUAGUAGUCGUUAGCUGUCUCGUAAACUGCAGGAAGAAAGUGAUAUGAAAAAAAUAAAAAAUUGCUGGUUGGAGGUAGAAGGACAAAAAUAAAAAUAAAAAAUAAAAAAAAGGAAUUUUGCAGACAAACUUUUUUUCCUCUUUUUCCCUGCACUUUCCCGUGAGUCUUAAAAUUUAAAUUUUAUUUCAUGAGGAAAGGAAAAAAUUCUUCUCAAGAGGACAAGCUGGGAAAUAAAAAUAAGUGGAGAAUAUUUAGAGCCAACCAUCCACCUUUUAACUUUCAGAUAUCAUAAAAACCUAUUAAACUAUAGUUUCAAGUUAAAGUAAAAGGAAGAAGUUGAAUGUAAAGCGAGCAAAAAAAAAUGUUAAACUCAAUGAAAGGAUGGGAAAAAAGUUUCCCAGAGAAAUAAACUUGAAAGUUAUGUAAACAUUGUAAAUAAUUAAUAAUGUAAGACAAAAUAAAACAGCAAAUGAUAAAACUGA